CAGAGCUGUUUUUUUUGGCGCGCAAUCAAUGAGAUGGAAUCGCAAGCUAUGGAAGUGGAUGAAAAUGAUCCACAGCACUACGUGCGCACACCGGAAGAUGUGAGGACAAUUGUGAAGCAUGCAAAAAUGGACGAGCGUCAGCUCACACAACUCACACAGGCUUUGUAUUACCCUGGCGCGAAUGUUGUUAGUGAUAAUUUGCGGUUGCUGGAGCUGGACGAUCACAUGCUGCAGCAAAUCCGCACCGGACAGACGCUCCACUUCAAGGGCGGUCUGCAUGAGAAAGUUGUGCUCUGCACGGAUGAGCGAACCUAUGACGUGAAGGCUGCCGAGAUCUCCAACAGCAUUUUACUGGUGCCCGAUUUAAAGUUUGCCGCCGCGACCAGCACCUCACCGCUAAAGAGUCCACGUACGGGUAAUGCCAAUACAUCGCUGGAGCGCAGCCUAAACGACAGUGCCGAUGAUGAUUUGGAGGUGCAACGUACGCUGGAGCAACGCCAGGUGCUAACUAUAUUCCACGAAUACUUUGAAUGCCGUGAGAUUCGACCACGUUAUCGCAAGCUGGGCGAGCUCCUGCAACUGACCCGCUAUUCCGGGCCAGAAAACGAAUAUUGCAUUGAGCGCAAGUUGUUGUUUAGCUUCCAGCAACUGUUGGACACGGUUCAGUGCAGUCGGGCCCAGUUUGUCGAAGGAUUGCAGCAAUAUCGAGCCAUAGAAUUUGAUAACCACAUACGCAUACUGGACUACGAGUACGAAUAUCGAAUUAUUAAUUUGAUGCUCGGUCUGAUCAGUGAAAACUCCUGGUCCCUGGAUGAGGUGGAGCGUGAGGAAACCAUAUACGCACUUCAAGGCAUUGCUCCAGAGUCGGUUGUGACUGGUUUAUUUAAUAUCUACACAAAGCCAAGUGAUCGCUGCCCCAAUAAAUACAGAUAUCAAGAGUCGCUCGUUGCACGCAUUGUGGCACAGAACAUCCUGCAGCCUGGCCUGCGUUUUCGCAACGAGGAAUUCAUGAACACCUGGCAGGAGGCAUUGCCCGAAGGUAUGUCCUGUAAGCUGGAAUAUUUGCGUGGACUUGGCAUCUUGGACAGAGAAGGUGCUCAACCGUGCAUACGAUCUCUGGCCGAGGAGCAGCUGCCCUCCAAUAUUAACGAUCGCAUGCGCGCCUUGUUCAAAACAAAACGCAAAUGGACGCUGGACGAGAUGGAGCCGUACAUUGACUGCUUUACCACGCCCACUCUAUCUGUAUCCACAUUGUUGGCCAAACAUGCGCGGUCUCUGACGGAGGGCGGCAUAAGAUACUUUGUAUCUAAACAUUAAAUCCAUUUUUUGUAUAUAUAUUUGUACAGUAAACUAGUUUAACAU